AACAUAAUUAAUUCAAUGGAAAUAAGUAGUGUCUCUCUUUUAAAUUACAUGAUUAUUAUUUGAUCACAAAGUAUGCCACCCUCAUAACCUAGCAAAAUGGAAAUGACCCAAUUGUGGUCCUCAUCCUCUCUAUCUAUUAUUUAUCUCUUUCUCUAUCUAUUACGGAGUAUUUAUUUUUCCUAACUUUUUAAUUAUUUUUUUUAAUUAUUAUUUCCCCUCCCAAAAAUCACAUAAAAAACUAUCACAUUCCUCCUCCCACAUUCUCUCUCCAACACAUUUCUCCUGCCAUCUUCAUCACAUACACCCUCCAUGGACUUCCACAAACCCCAAAACACAACCCCCGCCGCCUCGGCCGCAACUCCGAAAAGGAUGAUGAUGAUGAUGAUGCGAGACAAAUCGGCCAAAACACCCACCACCACCACCUCACUCAACUUUGAUGAUGAUCAAAACUCGGAUGAUCAACAAGAAGAUACAACUACUACAACUAUUACUAUUCCUUUUACCGAAGAGAAGAAACAAAAAAGAUUAGGUACUAAUAAUAAUACCAGUACUAAUAGAGUUACGAGUGGCGAUAGCGGUGGCAGUGCUGGUGGUGCUGGUGGUGGAGUGACAAGUUGUCAAGCUGAGAAGUGCACGGCGGAUCUAACCGAAGCGAAGCGCUAUCACCGCCGUCAUAAGGUGUGUGAGCACCAUGCUAAGGCCCCUUCUGUGCUUGUUUCCGGCAUCCGCCAACGCUUCUGCCAGCAAUGUAGCAGGUUUCAUGAGCUAUCUGAGUUCGAUGACACAAAGAGGAGCUGCCGGAGGCGUCUAGCAGGGCACAACGAGAGGCGUCGUAAGAGCGCAUCAGAAUCUCAGGGAGAAGGCGGGUCGAGUUCAAGCCAGAGUAAAGGGUCAAACCUACAAUUAAGGACAGGGGAUCAAGCUCAGAUAUCCUACUCCGGGAAUAACAAUAAUAACGGCAAUUCAUCUUACAAACAAUUUCAGAUCAGAUAAGCUAAUUAUCUGAUUAAAUUAACCUCAGUUGCUCCCUCUCUUCUGUCAUUAUGAUCAUCUAGCUUAGCUAGUAGAACAAUUAAUUAUAAAUGUUUAUGUGUAAUUUUAAUGUUAUGAUCAACAAGUGUAUGUUUUUAGGCUAGCUUAGCUUAUUCUAAUCUAGCAUGCACUAUUAUUAUUAUUAUUAUUAUUAUUAUUAUUAUUAUUAUUAUUAUUACCAAAUUGUCUGUAAACUAUAACUUAUGUGUUGCAUUUGUAGCGCCGGUAGCCGGCCUUGGUUACGCUAUUAAUUACUUAUUAGCUACGUUGAUUAGAAGUUUAGAAUAGUAUGAAAUA